AAUACUCUGACAGAUUUUUAGAUCAGUUUUCUUUCGAAAUUUGAACGACAAGGUUUACGAUACGAGCCGCGUUAAAGCGGGAAAAUUAAAACAAAUAUUGAAAACGAUUUAAAUAAUAAUUAUAAGUGUCAAUAUAUACCUACAUUAUUUUGAAUAUUUUUCGAGAAAUGGCAGCAAAUACGCCUAGCACAAAACUUCACUUAGAAUCUAUAGACCGCAUUGGCAGUAUACCCCUUGUUGAGACCAGCCUAAAACAUGCAGAACUUAUAUAUGGAAAGGUGAAGACAAGCAAUCGCCUAUUCAACUGGUAUUUUGAAACGGCCGAAUAUACAAUUACAUCGGCCUAUGAAUCAGUUAUGCCAGCGGUAAAGUUAUUCGAAAGUCCAUUAAAGCGCUUAGACAAUGUGGUUUGUAAAAGUUUGGAUAUUUUGGAACAACAUAUUCCGCUGGUAUAUCUUCCCCCGGAAAUGACAAUUAUUUUGGGCUUAAAGAUGUAUUGGAAUACUAAAGAGUACAUGUCGGAUCAUUUAGUGAGGCCAGUCCUAAAACGGGCCGAUUCUGUUAAACAAAUUGGCAAUGCAGUCUUGGAAAGUCCAAUAACGACAUUUGCUGCAGAACGACUAGAUGGUGCCUUGACGGUUGGUGACAAAUUUGUUGAUAAAUAUUUAAUACCCAUUGAUGGUGAAGCAGAUCAGACUGAUGGUAAGCAGACCUUAUUUUCACCAAACGAAGAUAACAAUGCAGAGACACCAAAUGAGAAAGGCGCCAUCAAGGCAAUUCAUCACGGCCAACGUUUCUCGCGCAAACUAAAGCGUCGCUUGACCCAAAGAACAUUGGCCGAAGCGAGGGCCUUGAAAAAACAAAGCAAGGAAGCUAUACAUGUUUUAAUAUAUGCCGCUGAACUGAUUGCUACAGAUCCCAAGUUGGCUUUGCAAAAAGCUAAAGAACUUUGGUCUUAUCUGAGCCAAGAUGAACCUGAAAACCAGGCUAGACCAACAACAUUAGAACAGCUGAUUGUUUUGCUCACCAGGGAAUCAGCUAGGCGUCUUGUUCAUAUGGUGAAUUUUGGUGCCAAUGUAGCAGCUAACAUACCAAAAACUGUUGCGCAUACUUCAACGGAGGUUGUUCAUCAUAUAAUUUAUAUCAAUAAUCGUUUUAUUAGCCUUACAAAAUUGGAUAAAGUUCGAGAUUUAUCUAAAGAAGAAGCUCAAACCAUUAUUAAGCGUAUGGUAGCCUUUUACGGCGAUCUACAAUGUCUAACCAAUACUUAUUUGGAACGCCUUGCGACCUUCUUAUCAGGUCGCAUAGAAGCCGAGAAAGUUUCAGGACAUCGGUCAACCGUUGGUUCAACAUCUUCUGGCACAUCCGCCAGACGACGACUGGACGUUCAAGAGAAUAAUACACCAUCGUCACAUAAUAAUAUAAAUGGCGUUUACUGAGACGCAGAGUUUUUUAUUGCAGUCGUAUUUUUAUGUCUAAUUAUCGAAUUUUAUUUUUGCAUUCAUAUUCGUUCUAAUUAAUAUAUUUAUAUAAAUAAAACUCUUUUUACAUACACAAA